AUAAAAAGCUUUACCGAAAGCUGUGUAAUGACUUGGGCAUCUUACAACAACAGGGGGAGUGGUCUUGCUGCCUCCUCGGUGAACAUAAGCCAUUCUGAUUUGCACCCUGCCUUUAUAAGAGGGGAUUCAUCACAGCCUGAGCUCAGAAAAAGACAGAGCAGAGCACAAAGUAACUGUGGGCAGGGCAUUGCUGCACAGAGCUGAGGCAGCAACCACAACACAAGCCAGCCUUCUUCUCCAGACAACAGGACCUGUGUUUGGGUUGAGCAUGGGACUGCAUGGGUCUAAACACCCUCAUCAGGCUCAGAUUGUGAUGCUGGGCCUGGACGGCUCGGGGAAGUCCACCCUGCUCUACAAGCUCAAGUACAACGAGUCUGUCAUCACCGUGCCCACCGUGGGCUUCAACGUGGAGAUGCUGGAGACGGAGGCGAGGGGUCCGGGGUUGACCGUGUGGGACGUGGGAGGCCAGCAGAGGAUGAGGCCCCACUGGAAGCACCACUACCCGGGCACGGAGGCCCUGGUGUUUGUGGUGGACAGCUGGGACCGCAGGCGUUUGGAUGAGGCAAAGAAAGAGCUUCAUCAGGUGCUGAGGAGCGGGAGUCUAAAAAGCCUUCCUCUGGUGGUGCUGGCCAAUAAGCAGGACCUCCCCGGGGCAGCAAGCCCACAGGAGAUCACCCACAGGUUGGACCUGAGAAGAGUAUGUGGAAAUAGGGAUUGGUUUGUCCAGCCGUGCUCUGGGAGGACUGGUGUGGACCUGGAGGAAGGCUUCAGAAGGGUUGCCUAUAUGUUGAAGACUUCACUAAAGCAGACUAAGGCAGAUAUAAAGAACACAGUAAAACAACUGAAACCCAAAGCCAUUACGAUGAUGACCAAGACACAAGGCCUGGGCUGCAGCUAAGACCAUUGAUUAUAAAACCCUAUCGAUGGGUGUAAUAAUCUCCCUUGGAUUAUUUUGUAUUCUUCUUCUGGAUUAUUUUGAGCAGAGUACCUGAUUUAGAAUGCCCUGUGUUGGAUCAUUCUGACCCACUCAUUCUUGAAUAUGGGAACAAGACUCUCCAGAACAAACUUGAGAUCCCAACGUAUCUAACGCUGAAAGCUAUCAUUUUGCACGUGUGUUGUAUCAAAAACACUUUUGAACAAUGUGAAUUCCUGCAUUUCCUUGUGAAUUUUUUAUUAUAA